AUGUCCAAUGAGAAGAUAAAGAAUUUUUUUGGAGUUUUUGGUAAUAAGCCACCUUACUCCACUGAAUCACCUGCGCCAUGCUACUGUAGUUGUGGAUUACGGAAUGAAGAAAGUCGUAUAGUUGGAGGUCAAACAACGAGUAUGAAUGAGUUUCCAUGGAUGGCUAGAUUAUCGUAUUUAAACAAGUUUUACUGCGGUGGUACACUUAUAAAUGAUCGCUACGUUCUUACAGCUGCACACUGCGUAAAGGGUCUUAUUUUCAGAUUCAUGUGGUUCAUGAUUAGAGUUACUUUUGGAGAACACGACAGAUGUAUCGAGAAAGCACCGGAAACCAGAUACGUAGUGCGCGUUAUGACUGGUGACUUCAGCUUUUUGAAUUUUGAAAAUGAUAUUGCGCUGCUUCGUCUUAAUGAAAGAGUGCCAUUGAGCGAUACAAUACGCCCAAUAUGUUUACCAACAAUGUUAGAUAACGAUUAUGUAGAGGCAAAAGCAAUUGUAUCAGGUUGGGGUACAUUGAAAGAGGAUGGUAAACCGUCCUGCCUUCUUCAGGAAGUAGAAGUUCCAGUUAUGAGUCUUCAGGCUUGUCGCAAUACCAGCUAUAGUGCUCGAAUGAUUUCAGAAAAUAUGUUAUGCGCAGGUUAUCUUGAAGGACAAAAAGAUUCAUGUCAGGGCGACAGUGGUGGACCUCUAAUAACGGAGCGCGAAGAUAAAAAAUACGAACUCAUCGGUGUAGUAUCCUGGGGUAAUGGAUGCGCAAGACCUGGUUACCCAGGUGUAUAUACAAGAGUUACACGAUAUAUGGAUUGGAUUUUGAAAAAUUCAAAGGAUGGCUGUUUCUUUUACACUCUCUUGAGAGUGUUUCAGGAUGCGGGCGAUGAUAGUCCCGCUAUACGGCACAAACCAAUUGAUAAUCAGAUUAAAAUAAGACAUGAACGUGGCGUUUUUGAUCUUCUUUUGGGAAGGUUUCGGACCUGUGGUGCUUGCUUAUGCGGUCGACCAAAUCGUAAGGUAGCGCGAUUAUUAGGUGGCGAAUAUACAGAACCGCAUGAAUUUUCGUGGCUCGCAAAUAUUCACAUAAAGUCCAAAUUGCUAGUGAGUGGAGUAUUGAUAAAUGACCGUUAUGUCUUAACAGCAGCUAGUCAACUUGUCGGAGCAACAGCACAUGAAAUAAAGGUAUCCUUGGGAGAAUAUGAUCGAUGUAAUUUAGAUAUUUCGUCAGUAAACAUUAGUGUCGAAUCUAUAAUUUUGCAUCCAGAAUUUAAUCUAGACUCGGGUACUCACGAUCUAGCUUUAAUACGUUUGAGUCGACCAACAAAAUUCGAAAAGAGAAUAUCACCGAUAUGCUUACCCAAUCCAGGCUCAACUUAUCUUGGUCAAGUUGGAACUUUGGUAGGAUGGACCAAGCAUAAAGAUCAGGCUGAUGAUGCGGCAUGUAGACCUCGAAAAUUAGGACUUCCUAUUCUGGGACAAAAUGAAUGUAUUAAAUCAGGAAUAAAUCCAAUGAACUUAAACGAUGAUUAUGGAUGCGUCGGAAUUGUGGGUACAAAUUCUUUAGUGUGCGAUAAUGAUGUCGGAUCUUCUGUGCAAUAUCGAUCAUAUGCUGGAAUUUAUGACCUUAUUGGAAUUAUUCCAAGCGUGAAUAAAUGCGAAGAUACGCCUAAGCUAACUGUUUUUACGAGAGUAGGACCGCGUCUCGACUGGAUAUUGCAACACACCAAAGAUGCCUGCUACUGUACAAAAUAAUACAAUCAAAUUUACAUUAAAUCUACGAGAA